GCACACAAACCCUAAACGCCCACCCACCGCUAUAUAUUCCCCAUCGUCUCCUCUCCUCACUCCUCUAGCCGCCGCCGCCGCCGUCGCCCGCGAAGCCCCUGCCACCGGAGAUCUCCCGACCUCUCCCGUCGCCGCCCGCCCGGAGAUCUCCCGGCCUCUCCCUCCGCCAUCAUGGGUAAGACACGUGGUAUGGGAGCCGGGCGCAAGCUCAAGACCCACCGCAGGAACCAGAGGUGGGCUGACAAGGCGUACAAGAAGAGCCACUUGGGCAAUGAGUGGAAGAAACCCUUUGCUGGAUCGUCUCACGCCAAGGGCAUUGUCUUGGAGAAGAUUGGUAUUGAGGCCAAGCAGCCUAACUCUGCCAUCCGUAAGUGUGCUCGUGUCCAGCUGGUUAAGAACGGGAAGAAGAUCGCUGCCUUUGUGCCCAAUGAUGGUUGCCUGAACUUCAUCGAGGAAAAUGACGAGGUGCUGAUUGCUGGAUUCGGUCGUAAGGGUCAUGCCGUGGGAGAUAUUCCCGGUGUCAGGUUCAAGGUUGUCAAGGUAUCUGGUGUGUCGCUUCUCGCUCUCUUCAAGGAGAAAAAGGAGAAGCCCAGGUCUUAGAUUGCAUUUUUGUUAGGCAAGGAUGGAAUGGACUGUAAGGCUCUGGUCGUUUGAGGAGGAAAGUUGCCUGCUAUGUUUACAAUGUCCUAUAUAACCUGAAGUUGUACUAGCGAGAUUUGUUCCUUCUCUGCUGUUGCUUUCUCUUAACAGUUGCUAUUAAGAGUAUUGUUUCCAUGAUCUGGAUAUAUAUUGUUGCUUUUAUCUCA